AUGGAGAUCCGACCAGACAGGUUUAAGGCGGUCGCGGGCAAAACUUUGGGGAAAAUUCACAGGCUGAUUGAGAAACGGCAGCCAAAUGGAGAAACUAUUGAGCUGUCGGCGGAGGGUCGUCCUGAGCUGGUGGAGGAGAAGGAGCUGCCUGUGGUGGACUGCACCUGCUUCGGCCUGCCCCGGCGGUACAUCAUCGCCAUCCUGUCUGGCCUGGGCUUCUGCAUCUCCUUUGGCAUCAGGUGCAACCUGGGUGUGGCCAUUGUAAGCAUGGUCAAUGAUCAUACUGUCUACAAAGGCAACAAGGAAGUACUUGUGGCUGCACAGUUCACCUGGGAUCCAGAGACAGUGGGGAUGAUUCACGGCUCUUUCUUCUGGGGCUACAUCGUCACACAAAUCCCGGGUGGCUUUAUAUGUCAAAAAUUUGCAGCAAACAGAGUGUUUGGCUUUGCCAUCGUGGCCACAUCCACGCUCAACAUGCUGAUUCCAUCUGCCGCUCGCUGCCAUUACAGCUGCGUCAUACUUGUCAGGAUAUGCCAGGGCCUUGUAGAGGGCGUAUCAUACCCAGCCUGCCAUGGGAUCUGGGCCAAGUGGGCGCCUCCUCUUGAGCGAAGUCGAUUAGCCACAACAGCUUUUUGUGGAUCCUAUGCUGGGGCUGUGGUGGCCAUGCCUUUAGCUGGGAUACUGGUGCAAUACACUGGGUGGCCUUCUGUAUUUUAUGUCUAUGGCAGCUUUGGGAUAUUCUGGUAUUUGUUUUGGAUUCUGGUGUCAUACGAGAGUCCUGCAGCCCAUCCCACCAUCUCACCAGAAGAGAGGAAAUACAUUGAAGAUGCGAUCGGAGAGUCUGCAUCAUUUCUCAAUCCCCUUCAAAAAUUUAAAACCCCGUGGAGACACUUCUUCACCUCCAUGCCAGUCUAUGCCAUUAUUGUGGCCAACUUCUGCAGGAGCUGGACCUUCUACCUGCUGCUCAUCAGCCAGCCAGCCUACUUUGAAGAAGUCUUUGGCUUUGAGAUCAGCAAGGUGGGCAUAGUGUCAGCUUUGCCCCAUCUGGUGAUGACAAUCAUCGUGCCUAUUGGGGGCCAGUUGGCUGACUACCUGAGAACCCACAACCUGAUGUCCACCACCAACGUCAGGAAGCUCAUGAACUGUGGAGGUUUUGGGAUGGAAGCCACCCUUCUGCUGGUGGUGGGCUACUCUCACACAAAGGGUAUUGCCAUCUCCUUCUUGGUCCUGGCGGUGGGAUUCAGUGGAUUUGCUAUCUCAGGGUUUAAUGUCAAUCACUUGGAUAUCGCGCCUCGAUAUGCCAGCAUACUGAUGGGCAUUUCAAACGGAGUGGGAACGUUAUCUGGAAUGGUGUGUCCUCUCAUAGUUGGUGCCAUGACCAAACACAAGACGCGUGAGGAGUGGCAGUACGUCUUCCUUAUAGCCUCACUUGUUCAUUAUGGAGGAGUGGUUUUCUAUGGAAUCUUUGCAUCAGGAGAAAAGCAGCCUUGGGCAGACAUAGAGGACACAAGUGAGGAGAAGUGCGGUAUAAUUGAUGAGGAUGAACUGGCCAAUGAAACAGAAGAGAUGUACCGCGGAGGGGGGCAGUACGGAGCCAUAAGCCAAUCAGGGGCUGGUUUCAACGGCGGAGGAGGAGGAGGAGGAGCAGGGGCAGGAUGGGUGACAGACUGGGACAAGUCUGAGGAGUAUGUGCAGCCGCCCGGAUAUAACUCCUACAUGUACGGGGGAGAAGUGGAGAAGGAGCUCACAUAGAAGACUGAUGUGACACAAGUUUAAAAAAAAUAAUAUUAACAAGAUAAAAAAAAUGAAAAAGGAAGGGUGUUUCUGGAGAACGACUGCAAGAGAGUCACUGAACAGACCUGCUGUGUGCUUCUUAAAAUUUAUAACAGCACAUAUCAAAAGAGUGGAUCCGAUUCAUUCCACUGUAGAGGUGUGUGUGUGUGUGUGUGUGUGUGUGUGUGUGUGUGUGUGUGUGUGUGUGUGUGUGUGUGUGUGUGUGUGUGCGCGCGCAAGCACGUGCAUGCAGAGUGCUAAAUAUACACAAACAAACAGAUUUCAUUUUCAUCAGAACUCAUCUUACAUCCCGAUCCUGAUGCUCAUUGUGAUUGGUCAGGAGUUCUGUAUCCGCAACUAGGAGAUCUUGUGUGUGUGUGUGUGUGUGUGUGUGUGUGUGUGUGUGUGUGUGUGUGUGUGUGAGAGAGAGAGAGUUGUGUGCUUUUGCCUGUAUAGCAACUUGCUGAAGCCACUGGGAUUCUGUUGUUUUUAAUUUUUUAUGUGUGAGUCAUGCAUUUACUUUUAUUUUGCUGGGAAAGCACCUUCAGAGCCUCAGUUUUAAAAACCUCACACUUCCAAAUCCAAGCUCUCAAAGCUCCCAGAUAAACUAAACAGACGCCACCAGCCACGGCACCACUGAGUUUAACUUUCAAACUUCCUACUCAAAGUGAAAAGAAAAAAGGUGCUUAGGUGUUGCAAAGUCAUACAUACAUGUGUGUAAAGCUGUCAAACUUCCCUUCACCUGUGUGCUUGACUUCGCCGCCUACAGUGUCUCACUGCAUCUCACAUCCAGCCAGGCUUACAGGUCACAGUCGCCAGUAAUCAUCUGAAAAUUCCCACUUUCCAUUCAGUGUGUAUAGUUGUUCCUCAGCUUGGAACAUAGUUGUAACACUCCUAGGCCUCGUAGCGCUUUCUGUUUAUGCCUUUUCUUGUUUCUCUGGCGGCUUCUCCCUCCAUUUUUCCUCUCUGUCUUAUUCUUUCUCUCAACAUCAGUCAUGUUUGUGUGGGUAAAUCCAAGCUUUUCAGAUCGACUGUGUGUGUGUGUGUGUGUGUGUGUGUGUGUGUGUGUGUGUGUGUGUGUGUGAGUGACAGCAAGUGUGCCGUUGUGUUGGGUGCAGGUGCUGAAACGUUGUGCAGUGAGCAUAUUUAAUGGACACAGUGGUGCAGUACUGUGCCAGCCCUCUUAUUUUUCCCUUUUACACACAAACACACACAGGGGGGCUAAUUUCAUGCGAGUGCACAGUGAAUCGUGCAGAGUUUGAUAGGCGAACAUUAUUAGAGAAUGUGUGAAGUUCAGCUUCACUUAUAUCCUGUAAGAGUAGAGAACCUCAGCUUCCUGCCUGUCAAGCGCACUGGCAUCUGGGAAAUGGAGUACAGUCACAUACAGGCGAGGUAAUCUGCAGUAGUAUUGGACUUGUGUACACACAGACACACACACACACAACUCACACAUCUGUUCGUGCUGACAGACAGUACAUCUGCUGAUGGUACUCAGUGGGUCACGUUUGCGAGAUAAAACUGCAGUGCUGGAAUGUUUAAAAAGGACAUGUUUGAUUGACUUGGGGGUUUAGUUUUUAAAUGUGUUGCUAUGUCGAAUAAUUGCAAGAAAAAAGUGCAAAAGGUCAAUUGCCAUUUUUUGAGAGAAAAGUCUUAAAGACGUGAAUGACGAUAACUGUGAACAAGUUCAUUUUGUGUGUGUUGUAUCAGUGUAUCUUUGAUCUGCUUUCUUCUUCUUUGUCUCAGUUUAUGGCUGCUCCAAUGUUUUCCUUCCCAUCCUCGAUGAAAUGUGUGGUUAUCUGGUGGGAAUUGGUGUAAAAAAAAAUUUGAAAAAGACGAGAAAAGAUCCGUAUUUAAAAAUGCAAAUAUAUGGAAAAUAUUUUAUGUAUAAAAGUGUACAUGUGAGAUAACCUUGUGUAUAAUAAAAUUCAAGCAAUUUAAGAUGAUGUCACUAUUUA